UUAAGGAUUUCAUUAUUGAUGGACUAUUACAGAGGGACAAGAAGAGAUAAGAAAAAUCAUUCAACUCCCAUAGAUCAUUAUCAUUAUUUGAGAAUGCAAAAUUUAUACGCCCAAAUAUGAAACUUGGAUUAAUGAGACACCCUUAAUUUGCUAAUAUGUUUGAAGAAUCUGCACUUAGAGAAAUUUACAAUGUUCAUUACAUGAAGUGGUAUAUCUUUGAUAAUCGUGUAAUUUUGACAGGAGGUAAAUUAUUCUUAAAUGAAUAGCUAAUUUAGAAGAACAAUACUUUAUUUUCAGAUAAGAUAGAUACAUGGUAUUUAAUGAAGCUAAUGAGAUUGCAGACUAUUUAGAUGAUGCCUAAUCUGCAUUGUUAUAACAUGCAUAGUAUGUAGACUUUGAUUCCAAUGCCAAAUUUGACCCUUUGAGUGCUUAGCCUUUUAAGAGAUAAUAAUAUUUUAAAGAAUUCCAUCAAACUUGGAAGAUCUUCAAAUUUAGUUACAAAGAAGCAGCUGAAAUUAAAAGUGACGAUGAAGAAGGAAUGCACUGUACUAAUUACUCUACAUAUACCAUACUUAUGAAAAUAAAUUAGUUUUUAUGAUGAAUCUUGAGAAUCUAGAUCAGUUUACUUGUCUGAAAUAUAUAAUAUUAAAAGGUGGCUUGGGCAUCUGGAUAAGAAUUUUACUAAACCAUAAUUAAUUUUGUGGAUAAUUGCAAAACUGACAUUAAAUUCAUUACUGCCAGUCCAGGA